AGGAUAGGCUCGUCUGCUUGUCUAGAUGAAAGAAACAAAUCUGCAAGUAUGGGGAGUUUCUGUCGCGCGGAUCGGGAAUGCCAUUCGAGCACUCCGAUUGGCUGCCGCGGAGGAACGAAUCUUUCCACCGUCCUGGAAGGUGGUCGAGCAUAACGGCUGUGAACUGCAACUUCAUCUUAAUAUCGCCCAACUCUAAUUUCGCCUUUCUCCCCUCUCCCCUGUCCUUCGGCUUGCUGUAGGAACAGACUUACGACCUUUUAUACACCACACAUCUUCGUCAUCCGCCAAUUGUCACGGCAGAGACAACCAAAAAAACAACCGAAUAAAAACACCUUCCGCAUAUACCUAUCACAAUGGCCGGUGGUGCAGCCAAGUAUCGCCAUCUUAGCCGCAAGUCCUCGCACAGACAGGCUCUUCUUCGCAACUUGGUCACCUCACUCUUCAAACAUGAGUCGAUCACAACAACAUGGCCCAAGGCCAAGGAGGCGCAACGGCUGGCCGAGAAGUUGAUCACAUUGGGCAAGAAGAACACAGAAGCGAGUCGGAGACAGGCUUUGUCGACCUUCUAUACUCCUCAUGAUCUCCUUCCUAAGCUCUUCGGACCCCUUCGUGAACGCUACGCCGAGCGUCCCGGUGGUUACACCCGGGUACUACGUGUCGAGCCCAAGAAAGACGAUCAAGCACCUAGCGCCAUCCUGGAACUCGUCGACGGACCCAAGGAUAUGCGAUUCGCGAUGACGGCACGCACCGUCGCCCGGCAGCGGGCCCAGGGUCUGGAUACUCUCAAUGAACUGACACGGUUGAAUGUACAGAAGGUAACGCGGUUCCGAAAAGACGGCAUUGACGACUUGGAGCAGGAGAUUAAGAAGCUGGAGCUUGACGGCCGGAAGGAAGAGAAGGCCAAGAAAGCCCAGGAGAAAGAAGACUCGAAGCAAUAGAUGCACAUAAAAUCAAACCGUUGAAUCAGGGUAGGGAUUGUCAAAGGUUCGGCGAAUGGGGCACUGGAUCGCAGCGACCUAAGUCUGACUGGUGCUUCUGUAUCUGUACAUUUUUUUCCUCAAUGGUCUCAUGUCUUUUUCGUUGGUCUUUAUGAUCGUGUAAUUUUAGCUGUUGUUUUCUAGAUACAGAGAUGGGCUUCCGCUUAUUCAUAGACCGUCGUCGUUUAUCCUGUAAGUGGAUACGUGAUGUAGCCUGUAUCAAGCCGUGGCCAUGAAGGAUAGACUAAGAGUGAACUGUGUAUAUCCUCUGCUGCUGACGACUCCUGUUCUCCCUGGCCUGGUUGCCUGAUUAUCGCCUGAGUACUAGCCUGACUGUCACGAUCUGCCUCUGCAUCAGUCAUCACACUUGCAGAGAGCAAGUCACGCUUCUACUCCAAAUCACCAAAGAGAAUAUGUGCAUAUCUCAGACAUGGAUGCAUUUCUCACGACGAAUUAUGCAGCAACGGCUUGUUC